UUUUUUUUUUUUUUUUUUUUUUUUACUUUCUUUUUUGUACAAACUGAAUGAAUACAGAAGAACAAAAAGUUAUAUUACCAGAAUCACUCGUUUGGACUUCACUUUUACCUACAGGAAUAUGUAAUCGAAUUAAACUAAACCAGUCUAAGGCCUAUUACGAAAACUUACUUAAACUGGCAACGAAUUAUGAAGAAUGGUGUGAAGCAGCAUCCAUGUUGGAUAAAAUAGAAGGUCUUGAUAAAUGGAGAACGAUCAUGGAAUCGCCUGACUAUGAUUGGGAAUUAAUCAAGACAAGACUAGACCAGUUAAGAGAGAUUCGAUUUUCUAAUAAAGGACAAUUAGCUAUGAUAUUUGCAUUAAGAACAAGUUUAGCUAGAAAUUUAGGUGAUAUGGGUAAUCCAAAGCUUUAUGCUUAUUCAAGAGUAGGUACAAAAGAUUUAACUUCAGAUUAUAUUGAAGAAGUAGUUCAACAAUUAAACUGGAUAUGUGAUGAAGAAGAAGAAGAUUCUACUUUAGAUUUAAAAGCAAGACAUGAUUUCUUUAUGAAUAUUAGACAAAGUUUUGGUAGAACUGCUUUAUUACUAAGUGGUGGAGGUACAUUAGGUUUAAAUCAUAUGGGCGUCAUUAAAUGUUUACAUGAAGCACAAUUAUUACCGAGAAUUAUUUCAGGUGCUUCUAGUGGAAGUAUUAUGGCUGCACUUGUUUGUACAAAAACAAAUGAUGAAAUACCUUAUAUGUUUGAUGCAUCUGUAGUUCGCUUAGAUGUUUUUGAAAGAGAAGGUAAACCUGAUUUACCUUAUAUUCGAUUACUUCGUCUUAUGAAACAAGGUCAAUUAUUUGAUGUUGAAAUAUUAAAAGAGGCUAUGAGAGCAAAUUUAGGUGAUAUCACAUUUCAGGAAGCAUUUAAUAGGACUCGAUUUAUUUUAAAUAUUACCGUUAGUUCAUCUACAUUAUAUGAUAUGCCUCGAUUAUUAAAUUAUUUAACAGCUCCUGAUGUGUUAAUUUGGUCUGCUGUCGCGGCAUCUUGUGCAGUACCAGUAUUUUAUGGAUCUACACCUCUUUAUUCUAAAGAUAAAAAUGGAAAAAUAUCAACAUGGAAUCCAAGUGAUCAAUUAUAUAUUGAUGGAUCAGUUGAAAAUGAUUUACCAAUGAAUAAAUUAUCUGAAUUAUUUAAUGUAAAUCAUUUUAUUGUUUGUCAAGUCAAUCCACACGUGAUACCAUUUCUACAAAAGACGAUUACACCAUCCAGAUUUAGACGAGUCGCUAAUUUUUGUAUGCACAUGGCUAAAACGGAAGCACAACAUCGUUGCACACAGUUGACAGAACUUGGUAUUAUGCCCUCCUUCUUUUAUAAAAUACAAUCUAUCAUGUCACAAAAAUACUCUGGAGAUAUUACGAUUAUACCAGAGAUUGGUUAUGCAGAUUUCCUUAAAGUUCUUUCAAAUCCUACACCUGACUAUGUUAUGGAUUGUGUACAACGUGGUGAAAGAGCGACAUGGCCAAAAAUGCCCAUUAUAAAAAAUCAUUUGCAAAUUGAAUUGACAAUUGAUAAAAUAUUAUAUCGUCUUCGAUUACGUCGAUUAAGUGAAAUACAAAGACAACAAAGCUUAUUUUUAACACCUACAACUACUACAACUAUAAAGAAACAUUAUUCAAGUGGUCGACCCAUGUUAGAAACAAGAUCUACUUCACAACUUAAUGUACGACACCAUAUGACACUCAUGUCUCCUAUUGAUGAACAAGGAUAUGAUGAAUUCAGUCCUUUAUGUCCACCUAAAAGAUUAGAUGCUACUACAACAACACUAGAUGUCAUGGUUCAAACUUCACAAAGUACUCCCAUGUUUUUUGCUACUACAACAGAUCAACUCAUUUCUUCUGAUCAUAAAGAAAGUCAAAAACACCAUGAAACAAAUAGAAGAAAAAGAAAUUCAACAAAAAGAGGUCUUUUAAUGACAAAACCUGAAUGAAGAAGAGGGAUACAAGGAUUUAUUAUCAUAUAUAAAAAAGAAAAGAAAAGAAAAGAAAAGAAAAAAAGAAAAAAAAAAAGGACUUUAUAUUAUUUACAAACAAUAUACAUAUUUAUAUAUUAUUAUCAUUAAUAU